UAUUUUAGUAGUAUUUAUUUAGUUUCUACUUAUAAAAUAAAUAUCACAGACCAUAUACAGACUAUGUAAGUGUUUUCGAUAUUCCAAUCCAGUUGGAGGCGGAAACGCACCAAACAUGAACAGAAGACGACGAAGAAGAAGAGAAAGGGCGGAAGUAAUGUGUUCAUAAAUCCGGAAGCGGCAUGGUCGUUCAUGCUUUUGCUUUCUAAGAGGUGACCUUAGAGAGUCAUUAUCAAUAAUAAUAAUAAUUUAAAAAAACUUUUAAAAACUAUUUUAUUUAACGAUAUUUUAUGUGACGCAGGGAAUGCUGUAUUGUGUUAGUUAUUAUGUGUUUCGCUCUUCUGACUUGUUCAGUUUAGCUACACUUUAGGACUGGUUAGUUUUAUUGACAGAUCUUACAUUAUUCAGUAAUUUAUCUAGUGGUAAAUAAGGAAUAAUGGCGGAGGCGCAGCAAGCCCGAGUGCAGCAUGCAGUGGAGGAGAUGGUACAGAGCCUGGAGCGGGAUCACAUCCGGAAGAUGCAGGGCCGGAUGUUCCGGUGCAGUGCAGAAUGCUGUGAGCGCACGACAGACUCUAUGAGUCAGGUUCAUGAGUGUAUAGAGCGCUGCCACACACCUCUGGCUAAAGCACAGGGACUGGUCACUAAUGAGCUGGAAAAGUUUCAGGAUCGUCUCUCACGCUGCACUAUGCACUGCAAUGAUAAAGCCAAAGACCUGUUCGACUCGGGGGCGAAGGAGCCUGCGGUGCGCGCUCUCAUGGAGAAGUGUGUGGGCAGCUGUGUGGACGAUCACCUCAACCUGCUGCCCAGUAUGACACGCCGCCUGAAGGAGAACCUCGAGUCUAUACCACAGUGAGCAGUCGGCUUUUAAACCCCGUCAGUGACGAAUACGCAAAGGAGAAUACAAUGACAGAAAGCUGGAGCUUCACGGUGGUGGAAUCGUUCAUCACCGUUAUUGUACUGUGACCUCAGAAUUAGCGUGGUGUGAUCCGUGUUUGCCUCAACUGCCUGUUUUUGUACAGAAAAUAAAACAAUUACAGUGAAAUUAAACAA